UUGUCAUUUCAAAAACUACUGAAGAAACAAACGCGACAGACGUCUUUGUAGUGACCGGAUUUUGAGGUAAACAACUACAUGCUACUACUUGUGGUAGAUCUACCCCACUUACUGCUUGCCCCAGCUGCGGUGCCAGCUCCAUCGAUUCAGUCUCAGAAACACAACAGCAAAAGAGCAUGCUCGGAGAGAGUAAGUGGCACCCCACCCUCUGCUUCAUUUCAGUAUGUGCAGGUGUUCACAAUGUGUUGCGCCUUUGACUCGAAAUUUACCGGUAGCAUAAGUAAUUGCAUGAGGAGUCCACAAUCACUUCGCAUGGGCUUUUGUUAGAUUAGCAUCUACUGCUCUUACUAAUGUUGGAGAAGAGGCGAUUGGCCUAAGUUACUGUGAAAGUCAAGACCAGUAGCUGCAUAGAUCAUUGUCGCCAUGACGACCCUCAAGAAGGAGUUCACUUUCAUGGACACCCUGGCCCUGAUCGUUGCGUCAAUCAUCGGCUCUGGGAUAUUUCUGACUCCGAACGUGGCGUAUAAAGAGGUUGGCUCACCGGCCAUGCUUCUUCUGGUGUUUGCCUUGACUGGAGUGUGGUCAUUGCUUGCUCAGCUGUGCUACGCGGAGCUGGGUACUCUCAUCCCGCGGUCAGGUGCAGAAUAUGCAUUUUACAAGUACGCGUUUGGCACCGGCCUACCUGCUUUCAUGCUGAGCUGGAUAUCGUGCACUGUCAUACGUGCACUCAGCCUAAGUAUUGUGAUGCUGACGUUUGCACGCUACUCUGCGGCACCAUUCGUCGGGGAUUGCGGUUUGACAGACUGGGCAUAUAAGUUGAUUGCAAUUGCUACAUUGGGACUGGUUUGCACCAUCAACUGUAUCAGCGUAAAGUGGCUGGCAAAGGCACAGCGUGUGUUCUUUGCCUUAAAGAUUGCUGCUCUGGGUGGCAUUGCUUUAAUGGGCUUCGUAGCACUUGGUCAAAAACGACAGUCAUACUUGUCACAGGGCUUCAACGGCACAAGCACAAGCAUCGGUGGGAUUACCGUUGCCUUCUACGGUGCUCAAUGGGCCUUUCUCGGAUGGUCUGAAGCUAACAACUUUGUGCAGGAACUGAGUGAUCCAAAAAUUCUUGUGAAGGCUGCCUUUCUGGCUAUUCCCAUUGUCACGCUGUGCUAUGAACUGGUCAUCGUCGCCUACAUGGCUAUUUUACCCGAGGACACUUUCCGAAAUUCGAAGGCUGUUGCUGUUGCUGCAGGGAAGGAGAUGAUUGGAUCAGCGGCAUUGUACAUAUUCCCUCUCAUUGUAUCCAUGUCAUGCUUUGCUUCAGCAAUUGGGAUAUUACUAGCGUCUUCCAGACUAGUUCAUGAAGCUGGCAAGUAUGGAGACCUUCCACCAGUGCUUGGCCUAGUUCACAACACGCUAGUAACACCGAUAUUUGCUGUAUGGGCCCAGUGCCUUUUCCCUGUGGUGUUUAUCGCUCUGGUGGAUGUCUACUCUCUUGUCACACUGUUGGGCUUCACCAGCGGCGUGGUCAUCAGUGCUUCCAUGUUUGUUCUACUGAAGCUGCGCAGAGCUGAGCCGAAUACCCAGCGGGGUAUCAAGGUACCUAUCAUUCUACCAAUCAUAGUGCUCAUACCAUCAGUGGUGUUCGCUAUUGUGCCAUUCGUCCGCUCCCCUCUCAAGACAGGCUUGACUGCUCUUGCCAUGAUGUCGUCGAUACCAAUUUACUUUGUGGCUGUGUCAAGGAGGUGGGGAACGAAAUUGCAUCCCUGGCUGAAUCGUGCCUCAGAGUGGACUGUAGUCAUCGCUCAGCGGUUCUUCAAUGUCUCAUAGUGAUCGGACCACUAUAGGGGAUCAUGCCACAUUCAAAGUAAUCAUCAAAUCCACCGCCGGAGUUGUCACAUAUACUACCAGGGAAGUUUCCUGGAAUAUGUUUGGUAUUUUGUAAGUUAGGCAAUGCCAUUGUACGCAUCCACCACACUCGUGACCAAUUUCUAGUACUAUUAUCUUUCAAUGUUUGUCUGAAAAAAUUGUUGUUCAAAUGAUUCUUCUGCAACAACAGUACGGAUGGCCAUGCAUGUGCAGUUGUGAGAAGUGUGUUUUUAACCAUUGCAUUUUUAAUAUGGCUUGCUGUAAGUGGUUUUCAAAAUAUGAUAGCCUAGCCUGACAGGUAUAAUUAUAUGUGUGUGUAUUAGGACUUGUAUUGCUCAGGCUCAGCCUCAGUUGACUCAGUGGUGAUAGUACCCAUACUUGUCUUGUUUUAUCCGUGUUCCAUGUUUCUAUGUUUGGUCCGUCAUCACUGUAUGUCACCAAUGAUAUUCGUUAGGCAUCAUCAAGAUGUUAAAAUACUCAUUCGCCUUCCCAUUACUCACUCCAGCACAGGACAGAAGCGAAACUAGCCUCACUGGCUUCUCUCCCUGCGCGCUGUAUUAUUAUCACUUUACUCCUUUUGUUGCUGAGCUCACUGAUACCUCUGUCAUAGUUGUGUUAACGGUUCACUAUCGUCGUGUUUGUCCAACUUGAAGUAUUUAUAUGAACCAGUACUACUAACUCUUCUACUUGAAGUUGAAGUUUAUUUUUUAGAACUCGUACUCACCGCAGUUGUUCACUACUUUUUUGAAGUACUUUGUCAUCCAAAUGCCAGAUAUAUUUUGAUUAUUCUCCUGUAUAUCCUGAUUAUCAUCCCUUUCUUUCACACCCAGCUAUUCGACUGUUAUCCUACCUUUUGUUCCAGUUUC